AAGUGAGGGAAGACUAGAGGAAUGUGUUGGAGAUUUCAGGGAGAGUUCAGCUGGCCCGGGAACGUGCUAUCUGCCAAAAGAAGGGAACGAGAGGGACAGAUACUCACACUGAACAGAUGAAAACAUGCCCCAUUUCACUGUUGUACCAGUACAGGAUAACUCACCGUCCAACUAUGACAGCCUGGAGGGAAUAAACUGGGUGGAUUACAGAGACACAGGACAGGGAGGAUACCCUGGACAUGGAGACACAGUUAGCUCAGAUGGUCAUGGCAAUCAUAAAGAAGACAGUCCAUUCCUCAGCAGUUCAGACUCAGCAUCUAAGAGGAAUGACUUCUACGACAAAAACCUGGCUCUGUUUGAGGAAGAGCUGGACAUCCGGCCAAAGGUCUCGUCUCUCCUCAGCCGGCUGGUCAAUUACACAAAUGUUACUCAGGGAGCCAAAGAACAUGAAGAGGCAGAAAGUGCUGAUGCAUCCCGGAAACAAGUGCCCAAGUCACCGAAUAUGGGCACGCUGAUGGGAGUGUACCUGCCAUGUCUGCAGAACAUAUUUGGUGUGAUUCUUUUUCUGCGUCUCACCUGGAUAGUGGGAACAGCAGGUGUCGUCCAGUCCUUCCUCAUCGUUCUCAUGUGUUGUUCAUGCACAAUGUUAACAGCAAUCUCGAUGAGUGCCAUAGCCACCAAUGGUGUAGUUCCAGCUGGUGGAGCCUAUUUCAUGAUAUCUCGGUCUCUGGGCCCUGAGUUCGGUGGUGCAGUUGGUCUGUGUUUUUAUUUAGGCACAACUUUCGCUGCUGCCAUGUACAUACUGGGAGCAAUUGAAAUAUUUCUGAAAUACCUGAUUCCCCAGGCUGCCAUAUUUCAUCCUGCAGAUAUUCAUGCAGGGAGUGGAGCAAUGCUGAAUAACAUGCGGGUAUAUGGCACAAUAUGUUUGAGCCUUAUGGCUGUAGUUGUCUUCGUGGGGGUCAAGUAUGUCAACAAAUUUGCCUCCCUCUUCCUGGCCUGUGUCAUAAUCUCCAUUGUUUCUAUCUAUGCCGGAGCUGUCAAAUCCAUCUUCCAACCUCCUGAGUUUCCGAUCUGCAUGUUAGGAAACCGGACGCUGGUUCGUGAUUUGUUUGAUGUUUGUGACAAGAAAGUAGUUGUCGGUAAUGAGACGGUUCCCAGCAAGCUUUGGAAGAACUUCUGCAGCUCUGAGAAUUCCAGCAGUGCUCAUUGUGACGAGUACUUCGCUCAGAACAAUGUUACAGAGAUCCCGGGCAUUCCAGGGCUGGCCAGUGGGAUAAUUAAAGAAAACAUGUGGGGGGAUUACAUGGAAAAAGGGCAGAUUCUCGAAAAGGCAAGCCUGUCCUCUGUUGAUGUCCAUGGCUCCAUGGAGACCUUUGGCUUCUAUGUGUCUGCUGACAUUGCCACUUCCUUCACCCUCUUGGUGGGAAUCUUUUUUCCUUCUGCCACAGGCAUUAUGGCAGGAUCAAACAGAUCUGGAGAUCUAAGAGAUGCACAGAAGUCUAUACCAAUAGGGACGAUUCUGGCCAUUACAACUACCUCUCUUGUCUAUUUCAGCUCUGUGGUUCUGUUUGGGGCCUGUAUUGAGGGAGUGGUGCUGAGAGAUAAAUUUGGAGACGCCGUCAGAAAAAACUUGGUGGUUGGCACCCUGUCUUGGCCCUCUCCUUGGGUCAUUGUGAUUGGCUCAUUCUUCUCCACAGUGGGUGCAGGACUUCAGUCCCUGACUGGAGCUCCCCGCCUCCUGCAAGCCAUUGCUAAAGAUAACAUCAUCCCUUUCCUUAGAGUCUUUGGACACGGUAAAGCUAACGGAGAGCCCACGUGGGCUUUGCUUCUGACGGGACUCAUAGCAGAGCUCGGCAUCCUCAUUGCAUCAUUGGAUAUGGUCGCACCUAUUCUCUCCAUGUUUUUCCUGAUGUGUUAUCUUUUUGUAAACUUGGCAUGUGCAGUACAAACACUUUUAAGAACACCAAACUGGAGACCACGGUUCAGAUACUACCACUGGGCUCUGUCUUUUCUGGGCAUGAGUAUGUGUUUAGCCCUUAUGUUUAUCUCCUCUUGGUACUAUGCCAUUGUAGCAAUGGGCAUUGCUGGUAUGAUCUACAAGUACAUUGAGUAUCAGGGAGCAGAGAAGGAAUGGGGGGAUGGGAUCCGUGGAUUGUCUCUUAGUGCCGCCCGUUACGCACUCCUUCGCCUGGAAGCUGGACCUCCCCACACCAAAAACUGGAGGCCACAGCUGCUGGUUUUGCUGAAGUUGGAUGAGGACCUACAUGUAAAGUAUCCCAGAAUGCUUACCUUUGCCUCACAGCUGAAGGCAGGAAAAGGCCUAACCAUUGUAGGUUCUGUGAUACAGGGCAACUUCCUGGAAUGCUAUGGGGAAACACAAGCAUCAGAACAGGCAAUAAAGAACAUGAUGGAGAUUGAGCGGGUGAAGGGCUUUUGUCAGGUGGUGGUUGCCUCCAAAGUGAGAGAGGGGAUCGCACAUCUGAUCCAGUCCUGUGGUCUGGGAGGAAUGAAGCACAACACAGUUGUUAUGGGUUGGCCAUAUGGCUGGAGACAGAGUGAAGACCCACGGGCUUGGAAAACCUUUAUUAAUACAGUCCGCUGUACUACUGCUGCCCACCUGGCUCUGAUGGUCCCAAAAAACGUGUCAUUCUAUCCCAGCAAUCAUGAGCGCUUUACUGAUGGAUAUAUUGAUGUCUGGUGGAUUGUCCAUGAUGGUGGAAUGCUCAUGCUCCUGCCUUUCCUUCUCAAACAACAUAAGGUCUGGCGUAAAUGUAAGAUGCGAAUCUUCACUGUGGCUCAAAUGGACGAUAACAGUAUUCAGAUGAAGAAGGACCUGGCAACCUUCCUGUAUCAGCUGAGAUUAGAAGCAGAGGUGGAAGUGGUUGAGAUGCACGACAGCGACAUCUCGGCAUAUACGUAUGAGCGGACACUGAUGAUGGAACAGAGGUCACAGAUGCUAAAACAAAUGAGGCUCUCCAGUGCAGAGAGAGACAGAGAGGCCCAACUAGUGAAGGAUAGACACUCGCUGAUCAGAAUGGGCAGUUUGUAUUCAGAUGAAGAAGAGGAAACCAUUGAAGUAUUACCAGAGAAAAACCAGAUGACCUGGACUAGUGAAAAAAUAGAAGCAGAAAGACGAAACCGAAGCAAUGCCCCAGAAAACUUCAGAGAACUAAUCAGCAUUAAACCUGACCAAUCCAAUGUUCGGCGGAUGCACACAGCUGUGAAGCUGAAUGAGGUUAUUGUUAAUAAAUCUCAUGAUGCCAGACUUGUGCUGCUAAACAUGCCAGGACCUCCACGCAACGCGGAGGGAGAUGAAAACUAUAUGGAAUUUCUUGAGGUGUUGACUGAGGGUCUAGAAAGAGUGUUGCUUGUGAGAGGUGGAGGUCGAGAGGUCAUCACCAUCUAUUCCUGAAAGGCCAAAGAUCAAUAUAGACCACUGUUAUUGUGUGUUACUGUAAACUAUAUUUAGUGAAAGUCAAAAAAGUGGUGUAUAAAGAUUAUGCAUACUGAACAUCUUAUGCCAGCCUAAACAUAAUUAAUGAUAAUUAAUGAUAAACUGAAUGGCACAAUUUAUUAAUUUUACUUUAAAUAUUUCAAUGGCAUGUUUGGGCAGAUGUGUACCUUUUCAACUGAACCCAUUCCACAUUCAUGCCAUAACAUUUUGCAUAGCACUUUAUUUUACAGUCCUGUUUCACAUGAACAUACUAUGUACUUAUGUAGUAAUCACACUAAGUAGAUACUAACCCUGAAUCUACCCCUAAACCUUAGGUUAACCCAUGUAGUUACCUUACACUACUCAGUACUUUUGUGGGUAAGUACAGUGAAGGAGCACAUACUGUAAAAUAAACUGCAACCACAUUUGGAAUCACAUUGGAAUUUAGGCCAUGUUUGCACAAAAUAACAGAUGCUUAUGUGAAACAUUAAAUAGACAAUCCCCUUAAAACAUUUGAGCUUUUGCCACCAGUACAUAUCUCUGAUGAAGCAACAUGCACUUGCUAACAUGCUAACAAUCAAUUCGAGAUAAUUGUGGUUUGGGUUAGAACCAAGUGAAAUAUUUCACAACAGUUAACAGUGACUCAUUUUAAAAAUGUUACAUAUCCUUUUAAUAUAUAAAAUUACAUGCAUAACUUUUUUUCUAUAUAGGAUGGCAAUAUAUAUAUAAAGUACACUCGAUUAUCUUGACUUUCACUGGCCAAGUAACAGAUCUAGUACUUCCUAGUACAUUCAAGACUGCCAUUCAGAACACAAGUGCUUAACUUAAAUUUCCAUGAGUGCUUCUAUUUUAUUUUUUUUUGCCUUUAUUUAUUUGUAGAAACUCCCCAUUGUAUUGGAAGUAUUAGCUUUAGAAAAUAACCAAAGGAGCUGGAAUGGGAUAAAUAUAUUGGAUAUGAAUAGCUCUGUAGAUUUUGUAAUUUAUAACUGCAUUUUUAUCACUUGUUUUUAAGAGAGAAGAGUUUUUUUUUUCAAUGUACUGAAUUUUAGUAUGCAACUCACACUGAGGAGGAGACAUUUUGGAUACUGAUACAAAGUCUUUAUUCUUUUUUAGGGCAUGACAACUGUACAGACAAUAUACAUUUGUUAUACAAAUAGAAGAAAAUAUUUUUGACUAACAACAUUUAUAUCUGGAAUAUAAAGGCAAUGAUCUGUUACUGGUUGUAUAAUGUUACAUCUGUAUAGUUUUCAAUGUUGAAGAGAAAGAUUAAACACUUCAAUGAAACAUGAGGUAUAUAGUAUUAAGAUACAUAUAUUUUAAAAACUAUAAAAUAUAAAAGUUACAAUAAAGUGCACUAUGAAUUACAGAA